ACCAUCAGCCCUAUAUGCCAGACGUGCUAAUCCCGCUACUCCAUCUUCGUGCUAGCAUAUGGCUGUUGCAGUCGUUGGAGAACAUGCUGAUAUGUUAGAUAUAUUACCUAGUACUAUCUUAGUGCUGAGAUAUAACGUAGCUAACACUGAAUCUAGCAAGGCGUAUGAUUUUUUUUUCUCUCCUGUUUCGAAUGAGGCUCCUAGUCUUUACUAAAGCAUAAGGGCGACAACGCAGCAUAGUACUUACAAGGGGUAUAUCCUGGAAAACUGGACCCUCAACUUAGAUGGGGCGAACUGUGAACGGAACACUACCCCAUAGGCUGGGCGCCAGCACAGAGUUGGGUCGUUGGCGUGAACAUAUAACUGGCGGAGAGGCGCCUUUCUUGGCUUUUGGCUUUUGCAGUAUUUCUGCCUUCUGCGAUCGUGGGAGACGAUCGACCAGCAGCAAGAUAGGAUUUUAUAAGGACGCACUGCAAUUCCCAAGAUAAUGAUGCUGUCCCAUCGUGAUCUUGACUACGCUAGCCACCGGUUGCAGUUGGUGGGUUCUCGGGUGGUGGAGCCUGAGGAUUCCGGUCACCGAGUUAUUCCUACGCAACAUCACCACCAUCACCAACACCACCAUCAUGUUGAUUCUUACGACGAGGCGGGAGAUCCGAGUCUCGAGAACGGGAAACGCCACACGCCGAAAUUCCUUAAGACUCACUCAGCUACCAAUUUUGAGCUCUUCUACGAUUUGUGGUUCGUAGCCAAUUUGAGUGUCUUUACCAGCAAACAUGACAUCUCGGAUAAAUCCAAAUUCUCGUCUUUUAUCGGAUAUAUCGUUCUCUUAUGGACGACAUGGCUCUUAACUACCCUCUACGACGUACGGUUCACGGCCGACAGUGUGUGGGAGCGUUGCUGCAAGGCCAUUCACCUAGGAGUCAUGAUAGGAUUUGCCGAAAUUGGCGCCGCCUUCGACCCAAACGACCAAAUCGUGGCAGUAUUUAGGGCCAUGUCGCUGUUCCUUGCCGUUUCUCGUUUGGUCCUUGCUUUCCAGUACGGCAUGGUCCUAUUCCAAAUUCGUACCUACGCCCACGGCAAGCGUCCUAUGUUCAUCACGGCCCUUUUCCAUUUCGUCGCUGCUGCGAUAUACUUCGGUGUCUCUUUUAGGUAUGACUUAGGAAAGACAAGUCGGGUCUUCCUUGUUUGGUAUAUUGGCGGUGUUGUUGAGAUGGCUCUGCACCUGCGCAUGUCCCAAUUAUCCCACGUCCUAACUUUCCUCGGUACACAUAUGGGCGAGCGCUUGAACCUCCUAACACUAAUCAUUCUUGGAGAAGGUUGCAUAAUUCUCGCCAAGAGUAUUACCCUCUUGGUGAAAGACACCUAUCUCAAGGAUCCCAGCUUCUCGAUGUGGAGCUCAAAUCUCAUCGGUCUUGUUGCCGCUGGUACUGCGUUGAUAUACAUUAUUUUCCAGCUCUACUUCGACUGGAUGCACGAUGAACAUUCAAUGUCCAGGCGACAUCAAGUCAUGUGGACAGUGGUACAUCUACCCUUUCACAUAGCCCUCACUCUUCUUGUUGAAGGUGCGAAUCAGUUCAUAGUCUGGGCCCGUAUCCUCGAGACCUCCAAUGCUGCUCUCUCGAAGGUCGUCGAUCUUCAGUCUAAGUUCGUGGACAUGACGUCCAAGGAAGUUUCCGAAAAGCUUGCAAGUGUGAUUAAACCGUUCCUCGAAAAAUACCAGCCGGCCGAUGUCGAGGAGACCAUGGACUCAGUGAACGAAACCCUCGAGCAUAUCGCUGAUAUCCCUAACUCGUUCUGGAAAGAGGGUUCGACCCCGGAUAGUUCGACGCUGGUUCAUUACCAGAACGAUCUGAUAGACUUGAUGAACACGAUGGUCAAUGCUGUCUAUACUGCUUUCGAAAUUGAGCCACCCGAAGGAGAGGAUAAUGGCCCCAAGCCCGAAUAUUGGCAGUCUGAAGCAGCAGUCGCAGUCGCUAAAAGGUUUAGAUUAGUUUAUAUUUAUGCUUUCUCAUGCGCUGGUAUUGUCCUGUUAAUGUUGACUAUUAUGCACAUCAUCUCGAAGCGAAGAGGAUGGACGCCCUUCAAUAUCUUCAGAACUGCCGCCUGCAUCUCGAUUUCCAUCAUCCUAGCGCUCCUUACUUUAGUAGUAGUCAACCAGGAGGCCGUGUUUAGAGGAGACAGGCGCACUGCAUUUUACGGCAGUUCUUGGAUGUUGCCGGCCAUCACAAUCGGUUACUUCGUCGUCCUUGUCCUCACGCAUCUGCCACACCCGACUGGAUUCUGGAUGGGAAACGUCGACAAGGGGACGUACAAAACGGUCAAUGUGCCGAGAGAUCCCAAGGGGCUUCAGACCCCACCGCCCAUAUUACGGAAUAAUCACCAUCUCAUGGACUACGAAGACGGACGCGUAGGAUCGUCGUCUGGGGAAUAUGAUACGGUAUCUCCGCCCUUGCCGCGAUACGAAGAUCGCAGAGCAAGGGAGGCGCGGAGACAAAGACGUAGCCGAGAAAGACGAAGCCAGGAUGUAAAUACUCGUGGACGGCGACGCGGAUAUGACGAGUGAUGUGGUCCACGAGCUACGCGCGAUUGUUUAUGCACGGAUGAAGAGUUGACGAUUAAGUAUAAGGUUAGGUAUAUAUGAGUUACGUGUCCAGCCGGUAAGUUGUUCCGAAUUGAAGGAUCUUGGCAAGUGGAAGUUGGCGCAGUACAGCGUCCUUUGGAUAAUAAGUCUUUAUAGCGGCGUUAUGGGUUUAUAAAGCGGCGUCAAGUUGGAUGAUGCUGAGAUUGAUUCUAUCAUAUUAUUGUUCGCAUGGAUAUUGUAUAUAGUGGAAUAGGAUAGGAUCUACGAGGACAUAAACAAAAGGUCAAUGUUAACCUUUCAACGCCAUAGUAAUACAAUAUGUGCCGUUGUUACGAGAA